AAAGAGCAUCACCUACUUUUCUGUCUUCCUCUUCUAUCUUCCGCCAUUGAUUGCGCUUUUUGAUUGUAGUGCCCAAAAAAACAAAGAUUCCUCAUUCCUUCUCCCCCCGCACGUCCUCUCCUUCUUCUUCCAUUUCACAGCUACUCUUUACCGAGAAACUGACAAUGUCGCUUACAUGACUCUUUGAUUCCUUGGAGAAGCUGUCUUUUGUCUUUUUCCGAUUGGAAUUGAUUCCAUUGAAGUCAUGCGGAUAAUACACUGGAUGAUGAUGAUACUAGUCUUAGUAACAAGCGUUUCAGCCUCUUCCUCCGACUUCGAAGCACUAUUGGAGCUCAAGAAAGGCAUACACACAGACCCAUCUGGCAAAGUCCUUACCUCAUGGGACGCAAAUGCUUUAUCCUCUGACAAGUGUCCUCAACGCUGGUACGGAGUUUCUUGCACUAGUAGCGGAGACGUCACAUCCAUAGAUUUAAACGGUUUAGGUCUCCUCGGCGACUUCAGUUUCCCCGCCAUUAUCGGUCUCCGAAAGCUUCAAAACCUGUCCAUUUCCGACAACCACUUCUCCGGAACUCUCUCCAAGAUCGCUUCUCUCAAGUCUCUCAAGCAUCUCGACGUGUCCAACAACUUGUUCCGCGGCUCGUUGCCUUCUGGGAUCGAUGAUCUCGACAAGCUGAAGCACCUUGAUCUGCGAGGGAAUAGCUUCUCCGGGGAAGCGAUGAGUUUGUUCUCUCAGCUGCAUAGUGUGGAGUACGUGGACGUGAGCAGGAACAGCUUGUCGGGCUCGCUUGAUUUGGGUCUCGCGAAGUCGAGCUUUGUUUCUUCGGUUCGGUACUUGAACGUGAGUGGGAACUCUUUGGUUGGAGAGCUUUUUGCUGGCGGCGGCGGCGGCGACGGCGUCAUCCCGUUUUUCGAUAGUUUAGAGGUGUUUGAUGCUAGCAGUAACCGCUUCUCUGGUUCUCUUCCUUUCUUCAGCUUUGUUGUCUCUCUCAAGAUUCUUCGGUUGCAAGACAAUCAGUUCUCUGCUUCUUUACCACAGGGCCUUCUCCAGGAGAGCUCAACUGUCUUAGCUGAGCUUGAUCUUAGCCUCAAUCAACUUGAAGGUCCUGUUGGAAGUAUAACCUCUUCAACGCUAAAGAAACUCAAUCUGUCUUCUAAUAGACUAUCGGGCGCCUUACCUUUGAAAGUAGGCCAUUGUGCCAUUAUUGAUCUGAGUCACAAUAACAUCUCAGGAGACUUGUCAAGGAUACAGAGUUGGGGUGAUUAUGUAGAAACCAUCCGGUUAAGUUCAAACUCACUCACUGGAACACUACUACCUAGCCAAACUUCUCAGUUCCUGAGGCUGACUUCACUCGAGGCGGCGGACAAUUCGCUGCAGGGUGUGCUGCCUUUUAUCUUAGGAACUUAUCCUGAACUGAAAGAGAUUGACCUCAGUCAUAACCUGCUUAGCGGAUCCAUACCGGGAAAUCUAUUGGUGUCGGAGAAGUUGACGGAUUUAAAACUGUCUAACAAUAACUUGUCUGGUUCACUUCCUCUACAAGAUGCAAGUAGUGCAGGAAACCUUAGCUUGACCAAUGUUGAUCUGUCACAUAACUCAUUGAGUGGAGUUCUGCCCGAGGAACUAACCAGCUUCCGCAAUUUGGUCUCUCUAGACCUUUCUUAUAACAACUUCGAAGGGAAUAUACCUGAUGGCCUCCCAGAGAGCUUAAAGGUAUUCAUUGUCUCUGCCAACAAUCUCUCUGGAAACCUGCCGGAGAGUCUUCUCCGACGGUUUCCAGAUUCAGCUUUUCGUCCGGGGAAUGAGUUACUGAUUGGAACUCCUAAAGAUAUAACCUUAGGAUCAAAGCAUAAGUACCAUAUGAAAUCUUCCGUAAAGGCAGCUCUCAUCAUAGGCUUGGUCGUGGGUGCUGCUCUACUUGUUCUUGUCUGUGUGUGGUUUCGUUUUGUGCUGAAGAGGCAACAGGACGAAGAGAAAAUGGAUUUAACUGAAGAAAAGAGUAGCCUGCAAAAGAAUGAGCCCUCUCCUUCUCCUGAAAAGAUCAGCGUUCCUUCGUCUUCUGUUACUUCUACUUCCACAGCAAACGCCAAGCUGCUUGUUUCUUCUCCACGUGUCUCUGAGAAUCCUUCAUCCCAAGUAUCUUCUUCCAUCCAUAACUCACCAGAUACUCAUCCUAGGUCUCGCCAGACCUGCGCGAAACUGGAUGGGAACCUGUACAUUUUCGACGCUAGUCUCACGCUUACAGCAGAGGAACUGUCUCGUGCUCCAGCAGAAGCUAUGGGAAGGAGCUGCCACGGGACGCUGUACAGAGCAGUGCUCGAUUCUGAUACCGUAUUAGCUGUCAAAUGGUUAAGGGAAGGGACUGCGAAAGGCAAGACGGAGUUUGCUAGGGAGAUAAAGAAGCUUGGGAACAUCAAACACCCGAAUCUUGUUUCUCUUCAGGCUUACUAUUGGGGCCCCAAAGAACACGAGAAGCUCAUCAUAUCAAGAUACAUUGAUGCACCUUGUUUAGCUUUCUACCUCCAAGAGGCUGGAUUGCUAAACCUCCCACCAUUAUUACUAGAAAACCGUCUUAAAAUAACUCUGGACAUAGCCACUUGUCUUAGUUACCUCCACAACGAAGAGGCAAUCCCACACGGGAAUCUAAAAUCAACCAACGUUCUCCUAAAACCUCCUGAGCUUACUGCACUCCUAACAGACUACAGUCUCCAUCGGCUAAUCACACCAGAAGCCACGUCAGAGCAAGUUUUGGACGCAGCUACUCUAGGCUACUGCCCUCCAGAGUUUGCUAGCUCGAGCAAACCUUACCCUUCUCUCAAAAGCGACGUGUACGCCUUUGGGGUCAUCUUGCUAGAGCUUCUUACGGGAAAAGUGUCCGGAGAUAGCGAUGAUCCAGGGGUCGUUGAAUGGGUUGUUAUGCUUGCGGGACAAAACCGUGCCGCCGAGUGUUUUGACCCGUCCAUUGUUAAGACACAUGCCUCUGGCUCUGGGGUUCUUAUUGAUGUCUUGCAGAUUGCUCUGAGCUGUAUCUCGCAGGCACCAGAGAGGCCCGACAUGAAGUCGGUGUGUCAAGAGCUCUUUAGAAUUGUUCUCAAAGGGACAAACUAGAAUGAGAGAUAGAUACACUAUCAUCACUCUUCAUUGUAAAAAAAAAUGUAUUUGGAUUCGUUGUUGCUCCAUUAAUUCCGUUUGUGUUGUACCAUAAAAUGAAACUUGUAUAUCUUAAAUCGAGUAGUAACAUUUUUUUUUUAAUC